AUGAAGAAACAGAACCUGGCAGAGGAGACCAAGAAGAGGAAGGAGCUGGUGAAGAGCAUGGCGGAGGAUAAGAAGAUACUAGUGCUUAAGGAAGCGGAGGUGUCCAAGGUAGCAGAGAAGCUGUCUGCCCUACAGGAGGAAGGUCAGAAGGAUAGCGCCGCCCUAGAGGCAGCACAGUGUCACUUCAAGGCUGUGUCCGCAGGGCUGUCCACCAAUGAGGACGGAGAAGAGGCCACGCUCGCCGGACAGAUGAUGACCUGCAAGAACGACAUUAGUAAAGCUGACACCGAGGCCAAACAGGCCCAGAUGAAGCUGAAACAUGCCCAGCAGGAGUUGAAGGCCAAGCAGACGGAGGUGAAGAAGAUGGACUCUGGUUACCAGAAAGACCAGGAGGCCUUCAACACUGUCAAGAAGAACAAGGAGAAACUAGAGGCUGAUAUGGGGAAACUACAGUACCAAGAUGGGAAGGAGGAGGGUCUUCUGGACAGGAAGAGACAGCUGAACCGUGAGGUCACCACCCUCAGAAAUACCCACGAGAGUCUGAUGUCCCGCUUCCCGAACCUACGCUUCGACUACAGUGACCCAGAACGUGACUGGGACCGUAGCAGAGUUAAGGGUCUCCUAGCUAACCUGAUAACAGUCAGUGACGUGUGCUACUCUACUGGACUGGAGGUGGUGGCUGGAGGGAAACUCUACAAUGUUGUGGUGGACACUGAGGUGACAGGUAAGAAGUUGUUGGAGAAAGGAGAGCUGAAGCGUAGAUACACCAUCAUCCCCCUCAACAAGAUCUCUGCCAGGACACUUAAUGACAGCGUGGUCAACACAGCCAAGAGUCUGGUUGGGGAGCAGAACGUCCAUACAGCGCUGUCUCUGGUUGGCUAUGAGGCAGACCUGAGGAAGGCCAUGGAGUACGUGUUUGGUUCUACGUUGGUGUGUGAUACAUUAGACAACGCCAAGCGAGUGGCCUUCGACAAGAGAGUCAUGACCAAGACUGUUACUCUGGGAGGAGACGUCUUCGAUCCUCAGGGAACGCUGAGCGGAGGAGCCCGUUCCCAGUCGGCCUCCGUGUUGUCCAGUCUCCAGGAGCUGAGAGAGGUUCAGGACAGUCUGUCAGCCACUGAGACGGAGCUACAGGACCUGGACAAACAACUGUCUGGUCUCAAGGGGACCGCUGAGAGGUAUCGUUUGUUAAAGCAGCAGUUAGACAUGAAGACAGAAGAGUUAGAUAUUCUCCAGGUUAAACUCCAUCAGAGCUCCUUCCAUAAACAACAGGAAGAACUGAAGAUGUUACUGAAGACCAUCGAGGAGUGUGAGGAGACCCUGCGCAGCAGUAAGGAGGUCCAGAAGAAGGCAGAUGAGAAGUACAAGGUGUUGGAGGAUAAGAUGAAGAAUGCAGAGGCAGAGCGGGAGAAGGAACUGAAAGCUGCUCAACAGAAAGUCAACUCUGCUAAAACCAAGGCUGACGCGUUCAGUAAGAAACUGAAGGAGAGACAACAGGAGGUUGAGUCCCUGGUCCUAGAGUUGGAGGAGUUGAAGAGGGAGCAGACUGGCUAUGAACAACAGAUCCUGGCAGUAGACGAAGCCAUGAAGACCAUCCAGGAACAGAUCGACAACAUGUCCACCACCGUGGCAGAGAACAAGGAGUCUGUGCGUAAGGCCCAGGAGGAGUUGACUAGACAGAAAGAGGUGAUCGUAGCCCAGGACAAAGAGAUCAAGGGUAAAAGUACAGAAGCCAACCAUAUGAGAGAGAGAACCAAUGAGUCUCAGUUGAAGAUUAAAGAGUUGGAACACAACAUCAGCAAACACCGUAAAGACAGUCAGGAUGCUGCUGCUAAGGUGUCUCGUAUGUUAGAGGAACACGAGUGGAUCAGUCAGGAGAGAGGCCUGUUCGGCCAGCCCAACACGGGAUACGACUUCAAGGUCAACAACCCUAAAGAGGCGGGCCAGAGGCUGAGGAAGCUGGAAGAGUCCAAGACACGACUGGAGAGAUCUGUCAACAAGAGAGCCAUGAACAUGUUGAAUCAGGCUGAGGAGAGGUAUAAUGACCUGAUGAAGAAGAAGAGGAUCGUAGAGAAUGACAAGUCUAAGAUCCUCCAGACCAUAGAGGAGCUGGACCAGAAGAAGAAGGAGGCCCUCAACAUCGCCUGGCAGAAGGUGAAUAAAGACUUUGGCAGUAUCUUCUCCACCCUGCUGCCGGGGGCUGAUGCCCGUCUGGCCCCUCCUGAGGGCUGCGGGGCCUUAGAGGGCCUGGAGUUCAAGGUGGCUCUGGGAAACACGUGGAAGGAGAACCUCACUGAGCUCAGCGGAGGACAGAGGUCUCUGGUAGCCUUGUCUCUGAUCCUGGCCAUGCUGCUGUUUAAACCUGCUCCCAUCUACAUCCUGGACGAAGUGGAUGCUGCCCUGGACCUCUCACACACACAGAACAUAGGACAGAUGUUGAGGACACACUUCACACACUCCCAGUUUGUGGUGGUCUCUCUGAAGGACGGCAUGUUCACCAACGCCAACGUUCUGUUCAAGACCAAGUUUGUAGACGGGGUGUCUGCCGUGUCCCGUACCACCCAGGCCCAACCAGACCAGAACAAGGGGCCGCGGAAAGGCCCGUCUCAUCGGCCGCAGGCACAAAAAAGAAUCGCUAACUAGUUCAUGUCUCUAGCUAGAGACGCUAACUGAUGUGUCUUGUUUGUCCUUAUGUACGUUAAGGUCUUCGCUAAAAGCCUUUCUACGAUUAUUUAGUUGUCCAUUCAACUAGCCGUCUGGCUUAACAUGAAACCUGCAUCUAGCAAUUCUUCUGUCCUUGUAUACAGAGGUUUGUGUGUCUGAAAUAUACUGUUCUGCACCAUGUAUUUGAAUGUCUUGUUGUUUAUAAUAAAAGCCCCCUUUUCACAAA